AAGCUGUGUGAUCGCUCGAGCCAUUCACGAUCCUAGGGAACGCGAGCCGGCGUGCCGGCGUCUCGCUUUUCCAGCCAGGUUGAGGACCGGCCUCUCUCUUUUGUUGCGCGGCUGGCGUAGUACCCGGCGGCUGACGACGACGCCGCCGCGCACGAACGCAUUGUCUGCGCCUAUAAAGAAACUGCGAAGUCGCCGUGAAUUAAAAACAGCUGUCCGCGCCCGCAGUUCACUCGUGUCGGCGACGACCCCCCAAAAAAAUGAGCGCACAUGGCUGUCCGCAUCUGACAACUUUCAAGGAAACCAAAGGCACGCAAGCCUACCGGCUCAUCCACUCGUACUUCGUCUGCUGCGUCUCCAAGGAGGCCCGUGCAAAGAAGGCUCAGCUUUGCGUGUGCCACGUUUGCCACGAAAGAGGUCCCAGACUUCACGCAUGCCUUCAGUGUGUCUACUUUGGCUGCUACGGGAACGGGCACAUUCAUGAGCAUGCUCGCACUAAUCAACAUCUUCUAGCUGUUGACAUUUCCUAUGGAGUAGUGUACUGCUUCACGUGCGCCGAUUAUGUUUACGAUCGUGAACUCGAAGCCAUUGCCCGAAAACAUCGCCGUCGUUGUGCCAGGCUACUUGGUCUCCAGGAGUAUUACCAGCACUGGGAACCUAGCAACUUUGAGCUUGACCUGCUUCGCAGAAAUCCGCGAAGAAAGCGCAUUGCUAACAACUCCUACAUAGGCCUGCGGGGGCUGAUCAACCUCGGGAACACUUGCUUCAUGAACUGUAUUGUGCAAGCUCUAACACACACCCCGCUGUUGCGAGAUUACUUCCUGGCUGACCGACAUGUUUGCCAGUUUCGUGAUGACCCAUCCAUGUGCCUUGUCUGUGAAAUGUCAAGGCUCUUCCAAGAGUUCUACUCUGGCAAAUCGAGCCCCCACAUUCCAUACCGGCUACUCCACCUGGUCUGGACCCAUGCUCGCCACUUGGCCGGCUACGAGCAGCAAGACGCCCAUGAGUUCUUCAUUGCCACGCUGGACGUGCUACACAGGCAUUGCAAAGGCACCAACGGAAUGUCCACCACGAAUCCGCACCACUGCAACUGUAUCAUUGAUCAGAUCUUCACUGGCGGGCUGCAGUCGGACGUGGUGUGCCAGUCCUGCAAAGGCGUGUCCACAACCAUCGACCCAUUCUGGGACAUCUCUCUGGACUUGGGUCCGAGCAGCCACCAACAGCAGGAGCACAACUCUUCACCAGAGGCAGAAGACUCGGAACCAACGUCUCUUUUAGACUGUCUAGAAAGGUUCACCCGUCCUGAGCACCUGGGCAGUUCUGCCAAGAUCCGGUGCGGCCGGUGCGAAAGCUACCAAGAGUCGACGAAACAGCUGACCAUGAAGCAGCUGCCCGUGGUGUGCAGCUUCCACCUGAAGCGCUUCGAGCAUUCGUCUCGCUUUCACAAGAAGAUCUCCUCGCUCAUCAGCUUUCCGCAGUACCUGGACAUGAGCCCCUUCAUGUCGGGACCCCGGGCUCCGUCGUCGUCAUCAUCGUCUUCCAAAGGUGGACGGGCUGCCUCCUCUUCGAGCCCAGCCAGUCCGGCUCCUCAACCCUGCCAUGAUAACAAGUAUUGCCUAUUUGCUGUCGUGAACCACAGUGGCACUAUUGAGACUGGCCACUACACGGCUUACGUGCGGCAACACCGGGACCAGUGGUUUAAGUGUGACGACCACCUAAUCACGCGGGCCAGCCUACAGGAUGUGUUAGAUUCAGAAGGCUACUUACUGUUCUACCACAAGCAGAUCCUGGAGUACGAAUAAGAAGAGCCCGGCGUUCAUUCCUUGUCGAGAUGCGGAGAAAAGAGCGAACUGGCCCUAGUUUGAAACUAGCCCAUUUAAGUACAUUGUGUGUGUAUGUGCAUGCGCAGAGACUUAAUUUCCUGUGAUCUUGUUUCUCAUCACUGUAUCACUGUCGGUUGUGUCUUCUGCCCCGAGAGCGAAUGCAACAUGCAGACGGUUUCAAAACGGGUCUGCAUCAUCGAGUGUUUUUUCGAGCGAAUCGUGGAGAGAAUGGCUUAGGUUUUCCAAUUGCUGUACAACACACCCCUUUCACCAAUCAUCGUUGCUGUCCUCUGAGCUUGGCAACACUGUGCCACUUCACUUGCUCAAUAAAUUAUUGCUUCCUCGCAUGCUGUUA